UUUAUAAAAAUAUUAAUUUUAUGAAGAAUAAAAUGAAAAUAUAGAUUAAUAAUAUAUCUUAAUAAUAUAUUUAUUAAUUACAUUUUUAUUAUUACAAUUCAUAAACAACAUAUAACAAAAAUAGCAGUGAAUAUAUAUAAAUAACAUGUUACGUGCAAUAAUAAACAGAAGAUUGAUCUGCUCUGCGUUUUUUCCAUUUAAUUCUUCAUCCAAUAAUGAUUCUAAUGAAAAAUUAACAGAAUUAUUUAAAAGAAAAGCAUUUAUAGACAAAUAUAAAGGUUAUUUUUUUGAUGAAAAAGGAUAUCCAACCAAAGAACUACAAUCUGUCUAUAAUGCAACAUCCUUAGGUUUUAUAACAGGAUUCUUAUUAGGUGGAAUAAAUAAAACAAAAGAUAUAUCAGAAAUUCACAAAAAAGAAAAUCAAGCUACCUUAUAUAAACACAAAUUUUAUGCCUAUCGAGAUAUACAAAAUAAAAUAAAUUCUGCUUUAACAAAAGGGGGUAUUUCGUUUGGCAUAAAACUUGGAUUCUUUUGUUUCUUGUUCUCGAGUGUAUCAGCAUUUUUAUUUGUAUAUAGAGAAAGAUUUGAUGUGUUAAAUACUAUGUUUAGUGGUGCUGUAGCAGGUUUUAUAUAUAAAAUGAAUAUGGGUUUGAAAGGAGCAUUUGCAGGAAUACUAUUAGGAACAAUACUGGGUGCUAUAUAUGGUUGUAUCACAUCAUUCAUUUUAUUUGUAACUCAAACUGAUAUGAAUAAUCUUUAUGAAGCAGGAACAAAACUGAUGAAUGCAAGACGAGAUAAAAUAAAAGAAAAUGCAAGGAAUAUAAUACAGGAAGAAGAAUUAAAACUAAAAGAACUGCAUGAAUAUAAUCAGAAAACACAUAUACUUGAAAAAGAACAACAAAAAGAGUCAUUAUUUCAAAAAUAGAAAUUUAGUAACAAAUUAAUAUAUUAGAUUAAUAUAUAUAUAAAAUCUACUGAUUACAUCAUAAAUUAUUAUUUAAUAAUUCUUUAUAAUUCUAGACAAUGAUAAAUAAACUCAAAUUAGAAUGAUAAGAAUAAUUCUUUUUCAUGAAAAAGAACAAACUUUUUAAUUGCAUUUCAUAUUGAUAAUAUAAAUUUAUCUAUUUUAUCUAACUUAUUAUCUUGUAAA